GCUGCCUUUAGGGCGGAGCCGGCGCCCGCUCGCCUCAGUCGGCCGUGGGCAGCGGACGGUCCGGCUUCGGCUCCCGCGUCCCUCGCGCCCCUCGCGCCCGCCCGCUCUCGCGCCUUCGCGGUCUCCUCGCGUCCCUGCGGCCCGAGCGCGGCGCCAUGUCGGAGCCCGGCGGCGGCGGCGGCGAGGACGGCUCGGCCGGCCUGGAGGUGUCGGCCGUGCAGAACGUGGCGGACGUGGCGGUGCUGCAGAAGCACCUGCGCAAGCUGGUGCCGCUGCUGCUGGAGGACGGCGGCGACGCGCCCGCCGCGCUGGAGGCGGCGCUGGAGGAGAAGAGCGCGCUGGAGCAGAUGCGCAAGUUCCUGUCGGACCCGCAGGUCCACACGGUGCUGGUGGAGCGCUCCACGCUCAAAGAGGACGUUGGUGAUGAAGGAGAAGAGGAGAAGGAAUUCAUUUCCUAUAACAUCAACAUCGACAUUCACUAUGGAGUGAAGUCCAACAGCUUGGCAUUCAUUAAGCGGACUCCAGUAAUUGAUGCAGACAAACCAGUAUCUUCUCAGCUCCGAGUUCUCACUCUCAGUGAAGACUCGCCUUAUGAAACCCUGCAUUCUUUCAUUAGCAAUGCGGUGGCUCCUUUUUUCAAGUCCUAUAUCAGAGAGUCUGGCAAGGCAGACAGGGAUGGUGAUAAAAUGGCUCCUUCAGUUGAGAAAAAGAUCGCAGAACUUGAAAUGGGGCUCCUUCACUUGCAGCAGAAUAUUGAAAUCCCAGAGAUCAGCCUGCCCAUCCAUCCAAUUAUUACAAACGUGGCAAAGCAGUGUUACGAGCGUGGAGAAAAGCCAAAAGUCACAGACUUUGGAGAUAAGGUUGAAGACCCAACUUUUCUCAAUCAGUUACAGUCUGGAGUUAACCGCUGGAUCCGGGAAAUUCAGAAAGUGACCAAACUUGAUCGCGAUCCUGCAUCAGGAACUGCCUUACAGGAAAUUAGCUUUUGGCUAAACUUGGAACGUGCAUUAUAUCGCAUCCAGGAGAAACGAGAGAGCCCAGAAGUUCUCCUCACUCUGGAUAUCUUGAAACACGGCAAGCGUUUCCACGCCACCGUCAGCUUCGACACGGACACAGGGCUCAAACAGGCCUUGGAAACGGUGAAUGACUACAACCCUCUGAUGAAGGAUUUUCCUCUCAACGACCUGCUGUCUGCCACUGAGCUGGACAAGAUAAGGCAGGCGCUGGUUGCGAUUUUCACCCAUUUGAGAAAGAUCCGAAACACAAAAUAUCCCAUUCAGAGAGCAUUACGUUUGGUGGAGGCAAUUUCCAGAGACUUGAGUUCUCAGUUACUCAAAGUGUUGGGCACUAGAAAGUUGAUGCAUGUUGCUUAUGAAGAAUUUGAAAAAGUUAUGGUAGCAUGCUUUGAAGUUUUUCAGACUUGGGAUGACGAAUAUGAGAAACUUCAGGUGUUACUGAGAGACAUUGUCAAAAGAAAAAGGGAAGAAAACCUGAAGAUGGUGUGGCGGAUCAACCCUGCCCACAGGAAGCUGCAGGCUCGCCUCGACCAGAUGAGGAAAUUCAGACGCCAGCACGAGCAGCUGAGAGCUGUCAUUGUCAGGGUCCUGAGGCCUCAGGUCACGGCUGUUGCACAGCAGAACCAGGGGGAGGUACCUGAGCCCCAGGACAUGAAAGUAGCUGAGGUUCUCUUUGAUGCUGCUGACGCUAAUGCUAUCGAGGAAGUGAACCUUGCUUACGAGAACGUCAAGGAGGUGGAUGGGCUCGACGUUUCCAAAGAAGGCACAGAAGCGUGGGAGGCUGCGAUGAAGAGGUACGACGAGAGGAUUGACAGGGUGGAGACCCGCAUCACCGCCCGCCUUCGAGACCAGCUGGGCACAGCCAAGAAUGCCAACGAGAUGUUCAGGAUCUUCUCCAGGUUCAAUGCCCUAUUUGUCAGGCCUCACAUCCGUGGGGCCAUCCGUGAAUACCAGACCCAGCUCAUCCAGCGUGUGAAAGACGACAUCGAGUCUCUUCACGACAAGUUCAAGGUCCAGUACCCACAAAGCCAGGCGUGUAAGAUGAGCCAUGUGCGGGACCUGCCGCCUGUGUCGGGGUCCAUCAUCUGGGCAAAGCAGAUUGACAGGCAGCUGACUGCCUACAUGAAGCGUGUGGAGGACGUUCUGGGCAAGGGCUGGGAGAACCAUGUGGAAGGGCAGAAGCUGAAGCAGGACGGAGACAGUUUCCGCAUGAAGCUCAACACUCAGGAGAUAUUCGACGACUGGGCCAGGAAGGUGCAGCAGCGCAACCUUGGCGUCUCGGGGCGCAUCUUCACCAUCGAGAGCACGCGGGUUCGGGGCCGCACGGGAAAUGUCCUGAAGCUGAAAGUGAACUUCCUGCCCGAGAUCAUCACACUUUCCAAAGAAGUACGGAACCUCAAGUGGCUUGGUUUCCGUGUCCCGCUGGCGAUUGUGAACAAGGCGCACCAGGCCAACCAGCUGUACCCGUUCGCCAUCUCACUGAUCGAAAGUGUGCGCACUUAUGAGCGGACCUGCGAGAAGGUGGAGGAGCGAAACACCAUUUCCCUUCUGGUGGCUGGCUUGAAGAAGGAAGUGCAGGCACUGAUCGCCGAGGGCAUUGCCUUGGUGUGGGAGUCCUACAAACUCGACCCCUAUGUGCAGCGCUUAGCAGAGACUGUUUUCAACUUCCAGGAGAAGGUGGAUGACCUGCUGAUCAUUGAGGAGAAAAUAGAUCUGGAGGUCCGUUCCCUGGAAACGUGCAUGUAUGACCAUAAGACCUUCUCAGAGAUACUGAAUCGAGUCCAGAAAGCGGUGGACGACUUAAACCUGCACUCCUACUCCAACCUGCCCAUCUGGGUCAACAAGCUGGAUAUGGAGAUUGAAAGGAUAUUGGGCGUUCGCCUACAAGCUGGCCUUAGAGCGUGGACCCAGGUGCUUCUUGGACAAGCUGAAGAUAAAGCAGAAGUUGACAUGGACACAGACGCACCACAAGUUAGCCACAAGCCUGGCGGAGAGCCCAAGAUCAAAAACGUUGUUCAUGAGCUAAGAAUAACCAACCAGGUCAUCUACUUGAAUCCGCCCAUUGAAGAGUGCAGGUACAAGCUGUACCAAGAAAUGUUUGCCUGGAAGAUGAUCGUGCUGUCUCUUCCCAGGAUCCAGAGUCAGAGGUACCAGGUGGGUGUGCAUUACGAAUUGACCGAGGAGGAGAAGUUCUACCGGAAUGCUCUGACACGCAUGCCUGACGGCCCUGUGGCCCUGGAAGAGUCCUACUCCGCGGUCAUGGGCAUUGUGACCGAGGUGGAGCAGUAUGUCAAGGUCUGGCUGCAGUACCAGUGUCUGUGGGACAUGCAAGCUGAGAACAUCUACAACAGGCUUGGGGAGGACCUCAACAAGUGGCAGGCACUCCUGGUUCAGAUAAGGAAGGCCAGAGGCACAUUUGACAACGCGGAAACCAAGAAAGAGUUUGGGCCUGUCGUCAUAGAUUACGGCAAGGUCCAGUCCAAGGUGAACCUCAAGUACGACUCCUGGCACAAGGAGGUUCUCAGCAAGUUUGGGCAGAUGCUUGGAUCAAACAUGACAGAAUUCCACUCCCAGAUCUCAAAGUCCCGCCAGGAGCUGGAGCAGCACUCCGUGGACACGGCCAGCACCUCUGACGCCGUGACCUUCAUCACCUACGUGCAGUCUCUGAAGCGAAAGAUCAAGCAGUUCGAGAAACAAGUGGAGCUCUACCGCAAUGGUCAGCGUUUGCUGGAAAAGCAGAGGUUCCAGUUUCCUCCAUCUUGGCUCUACAUUGACAACAUCGAGGGAGAGUGGGGGGCCUUCAACGACAUCAUGCGGAGGAAGGACUCUGCCAUUCAGCAGCAGGUGGCCAACCUGCAAAUGAAGAUCGUGCAGGAGGACCGGGCUGUGGAGAGCCGCACCACGGACCUGCUGACGGAUUGGGAGAGGACCAAACCCGUCACGGGCAAUCUCCGCCCAGAGGAGGCGCUGCAGGCCCUCACCAUUUACGAGGGCAAGUUCGGCAGGCUGAAGGACGACCGGGAGAAGUGUGCGAAGGCCAAGGAGGCCCUGGAGUUGACCGACACUGGGCUCCUCAGCGGUAGUGAAGAGCGCGUCCAGGUGGCCUUGGAAGAAUUACAGGACCUCAAAGGUGUUUGGUCAGAACUUUCUAAGGUCUGGGAGCAGAUUGACCAGAUGAAGGAGCAACCCUGGGUUUCAGUACAGCCUCGAAAGCUUCGGCAAAGUCUGGAUGGCCUCUUGAACCAGCUGAAAAACUUCCCGGCACGACUGCGGCAGUACGCCUCCUACGAGUUUGUCCAGCGGCUCCUGAAGGGCUACCUGAAGAUCAACAUGCUGGUGAUCGAGCUGAAGUCCGAGGCGCUCAAGGACCGCCACUGGAAGCAGCUGAUGAAGAGGCUACACGUGAACUGGGUUGUUUCUGAGCUGACCCUUGGCCAGAUCUGGGAUGUUGACUUGCAGAAAAACGAGGCUGUCGUUAAGGAUGUGCUGCUCGUGGCCCAAGGGGAAAUGGCCUUGGAAGAGUUUUUGAAGCAGAUACGAGAAGUGUGGAACACUUAUGAACUGGACUUGGUCAACUAUCAGAACAAGUGUCGCCUCAUCCGCGGCUGGGACGACCUCUUCAACAAGGUCAAGGAGCACAUCAACAGUGUCUCCGCCAUGAAGCUCUCUCCGUACUACAAGGUUUUCGAAGAGGAUGCCCUGAGCUGGGAAGACAAACUGAACCGGAUCAUGGCUCUGUUUGACGUGUGGAUUGACGUGCAGCGGCGCUGGGUCUACCUGGAAGGCAUCUUUACGGGCAGUGCGGAUAUCAAGCACCUCCUGCCAGUGGAAACCCAGCGCUUCCAGAGUAUCAGCAUGGAGUUUUUGGCUCUCAUGAAAAAAGUCUCCAAGUCUCCCCUUGUUAUGGAUGUUCUGAACAUCCAGGGGGUGCAAAGGUCUCUGGAGAGAUUGGCAGACUUGCUUGGGAAGAUCCAGAAGGCUUUGGGGGAGUAUCUGGAAAGAGAGCGCUCGUCUUUCCCCAGGUUCUAUUUUGUGGGUGAUGAAGAUUUGCUUGAAAUUAUUGGAAACAGCAAAAAUGUGGCGAAGUUACAGAAACAUUUCAAGAAAAUGUUUGCUGGCGUGUCAAGCAUCAUCCUGAAUGAGGAUAACUCUGUUGUCCUGGGCAUUUCCUCCCGCGAAGGAGAGGAGGUCAUGUUUAAAACUCCCGUGUCCAUUACCGAACACCCCAAAAUCAACGAGUGGCUCACGCUGGUGGAAAAGGAGAUGAGAGUCACCUUGGCCAAACUGCUUGCCGAGUCUGUCACAGAAGUGGAGAUUUUUGGUAAAGCGACUUCCAUUGACCCGAACACCUACAUCACUUGGAUCGAUAAAUACCAGGCCCAGCUUGUGGUCUUGUCAGCCCAGAUAGCCUGGUCUGAAAAUGUGGAGACGGCUCUGGGCAGCAUUGGGGGCAGUGGCGAUGCGGCACCCUUGCACUCUGUGCUGAGCAACGUGGAGGUCACCCUCAAUGUGCUGGCUGACUCGGUCCUCAUGGAGCAGCCCCCACUCCGCAGACGCAAGCUGGAGCACCUGAUUACAGAGCUAGUUCACCAGAGAGAUGUCACAAGGUCCUUGAUCAAAAGCAAGAUCGACAAUGCCAAGUCUUUUGAAUGGCUCAGCCAGAUGCGGUUCUACUUUGACCCUAAGCAGACUGACGUGUUACAGCAAUUGUCGAUUCAGAUGGCCAAUGCCAAAUUUAACUAUGGCUUUGAGUACCUGGGUGUUCAGGACAAGCUGGUCCAGACUCCCCUCACCGACCGCUGCUACUUGACCAUGACACAAGCCUUGGAGGCCAGGCUCGGAGGGUCCCCAUUCGGGCCUGCCGGGACGGGGAAAACAGAGUCCGUUAAAGCUCUUGGCCAUCAGCUGGGCCGGUUUGUUUUAGUUUUCAACUGCGAUGAGACCUUUGAUUUCCAGGCCAUGGGAAGGAUCUUUGUGGGGCUGUGCCAGGUGGGUGCGUGGGGCUGCUUUGACGAGUUCAACCGCCUGGAGGAGCGGAUGCUGUCGGCCGUGUCCCAGCAGGUGCAGUGCAUCCAGGAGGCACUGCGCGAGCACUCCAACCCCAACUACGACAAGGCCUCUGCCCCCAUUACCUGUGAGCUGCUAAACAAGCAAGUCAAGGUGAGCCCAGACAUGGCCAUCUUCAUCACCAUGAAUCCUGGCUACGCGGGCAGGUCGAAUCUCCCGGACAACUUGAAAAAGCUGUUCCGGAGCCUGGCCAUGACCAAGCCAGACCGGCAGCUCAUCGCCCAAGUCAUGCUGUACUCUCAGGGCUUCCGCACGGCCGAGAUCCUUGCCAACAAAAUCGUCCCCUUCUUUAAACUAUGCGAUGAGCAGCUCUCCUCUCAAAGCCACUAUGACUUUGGGCUGCGAGCUUUGAAGAGUGUGCUGGUAAGUGCAGGUAACGUGAAGAGGGAGAGAAUUCAGAAGAUAAAGAGGGAGAAAGAAGAACGAGGCGAAGUUGUUGAUGAAGGAGAAAUUGCAGAAAAUCUACCUGAGCAAGAGAUCCUCAUACAGAGCGUCUGUGAGACGAUGGUGCCAAAGCUGGUGGCCGAGGACAUCCCGUUGCUCUUCAGUCUCCUGUCGGAUGUGUUCCCUGGGGUGCAGUACCACCGUGGGGAGAUGACCGCGCUGCGAGAAGAGCUGCGGAAGGUGUGUCAGGAGAUGUACCUGACCUACGGCGAUGGGGAGGAAGUUGGCGGCAUGUGGGUUGAGAAGGUGCUGCAGCUCUACCAGAUCACCCAGAUCAACCAUGGCCUGAUGAUGGUGGGGCCCUCGGGCAGCGGGAAGAGCAUGGCCUGGCGCGUCCUUCUGAAGGCCUUGGAGCGACUGGAGGGUGUCGAGGGUGUGGCCCAUAUCAUUGACCCCAAGGCCAUCAGCAAAGACCACCUCUAUGGUACCCUGGACCCCAACACCAGGGAGUGGACAGACGGGCUCUUCACACACGUUCUGAGGAAGAUCAUCGACAACGUGCGGGGCGAGCUACAGAAGCGCCAGUGGAUCGUCUUCGACGGCGACGUGGACCCCGAGUGGGUGGAGAACCUCAACUCCGUGCUGGACGACAACAAGCUCCUCACCCUGCCCAACGGGGAGCGCCUCAGCCUGCCCCCCAAUGUGCGGAUAAUGUUUGAAGUGCAGGACCUGAAGUACGCCACCCUGGCCACCGUGUCGCGCUGCGGCAUGGUCUGGUUCAGCGAGGACGUGCUGAGCACAGACAUGAUCUUCAACAACUUCCUAGCUAGGCUGCGCAGCAUCCCCCUGGACGAAGGGGAGGAGGAGGCGCAGCGUCGGCGCAAGGGCAAGGAAGACGAGGGAGAGGAGGCAGCUUCCCCGAUGCUGCAGAUCCAGAGGGACGCGGCUACCAUCAUGCAGCCGUACUUCACAUCUAACGGCCUGGUCACCAAGGCCCUGGAGCACGCCUUCAAGCUGGAGCACAUCAUGGACCUGACGCGGCUGCGCUGCCUGGGCUCGCUCUUCUCCAUGCUGCACCAGGCCUGCCGCAAUGUGGCCCAGUACAAUGCCAACCACCCUGACUUCCCCAUGCAGAUCGAGCAGCUGGAGCGCUACAUCCAGCGGUAUCUGGUUUAUGCCAUACUCUGGUCCUUGUCUGGAGAUAGUCGACUGAAAAUGAGAGCGGAGCUGGGUGAAUACAUCAGGAGAAUCACCACGGUGCCACUGCCUGCUGCCCCCAACAUUCCCAUCAUCGAUUACGAAGUGUCCAUCAGCGGGGAGUGGUCGCCAUGGCAGGCCAAGGUGCCGCAGAUUGAGGUGGAGACGCACAAGGUGGCUGCCCCCGAUGUCGUCGUGCCCACCUUGGACACGGUCCGCCACGAAGCCCUCUUGUACACCUGGCUGGCCGAGCACAAGCCGCUGGUUCUGUGUGGGCCCCCGGGGUCCGGGAAGACCAUGACGCUCUUCAGCGCUCUGCGGGCCCUGCCCGACAUGGAGGUCGUGGGCCUUAACUUCUCAAGUGCCACCACCCCAGAGCUCCUGCUGAAGACUUUCGAUCACUAUUGCGAGUACAGACGCACACCCAACGGGGUGGUUCUGGCACCUGUUCAACUUGGAAAAUGGCUGGUCUUGUUCUGUGAUGAAAUCAACUUGCCAGACAUGGACAAAUAUGGGACACAGAGGGUCAUAUCCUUCAUCAGACAGAUGGUGGAACAUGGAGGCUUUUACCGAACCUCAGACCAAACCUGGGUGAAGCUGGAGAGAAUCCAGUUUGUCGGGGCGUGUAACCCCCCCACUGAUCCCGGAAGAAAGCCCCUCUCACACAGGUUCUUGCGGCACGUGCCAGUCGUGUAUGUGGACUACCCCGGCCCCGCCUCCCUGACGCAGAUCUACGGCACCUUCAACCGGGCCAUGCUGAGGCUCAUCCCGUCCCUGCGCACGUACGCAGAGCCACUCACUGCGGCCAUGGUGGAGUUCUACACCAUGUCUCAGGAGCGCUUCACUCAGGACACUCAGCCCCACUAUAUCUACUCGCCCCGAGAAAUGACUCGUUGGGUGAGGGGCAUCUUUGAGGCUCUGAGGCCUCUGGAGACUUUGCCCGUCGAAGGCCUCAUCCGGAUUUGGGCACACGAAGCCCUCCGUCUCUUCCAAGACAGGCUUGUGGAAGACGAGGAGAGGCGCUGGACUGACGAGAACAUUGACAUGGUUGCCCUGAAGCACUUCCCGAACAUAGACAAAGAGAAGGCGGCAAGCCGGCCCAUCUUGUACAGCAACUGGCUGUCAAAGGAUUACAUUCCAGUAGACCAAGAAGAGCUGAGGGAUUAUGUCAAAGCUCGGCUGAAAGUCUUUUACGAGGAGGAACUCGAUGUCCCUCUGGUCCUGUUCAAUGAGGUGUUAGACCAUGUGCUCAGGAUUGACCGAAUAUUCCGUCAGCCUCAAGGCCACCUGCUUCUGAUUGGUGUCAGUGGAGCAGGAAAAACCACCCUCUCGCGCUUCGUGGCCUGGAUGAAUGGCUUGAGUGUGUACCAGAUCAAGGUCCACAGGAAGUACACCGGGGAAGACUUCGACGAGGACCUCCGGACGGUGUUGAGGCGUUCUGGGUGUAAGAAUGAGAAGAUAGCCUUCAUCAUGGACGAAUCCAACGUGCUGGACUCUGGCUUCCUGGAGCGGAUGAACACCCUCCUGGCCAACGGAGAGGUGCCCGGUCUCUUUGAGGGAGACGAGUACGCCACCCUGAUGACCCAGUGCAAGGAGGGAGCCCAGAAGGAGGGCCUGAUGCUGGACUCGCACGAGGAGCUGUACAAGUGGUUCACCAGCCAGGUCAUCCGCAACCUGCACGUCGUCUUCACCAUGAACCCCUCCUCGGAGGGGCUCAAGGACCGCGCCGCCACAUCCCCAGCGCUGUUCAACAGGUGUGUGUUGAAUUGGUUUGGGGACUGGUCCACUGAGGCGCUGUACCAAGUCGGCAAAGAAUUCACAAGUAAAAUGGACCUGGAGAAGCCCAACUACAUCGUACCCGACUACAUGCCGGUCGUGUACGACAAGCUGCCGCAGCCGCCCACACACCGGGAGGCCAUCGUGAACAGCUGCGUGUUUGUGCACCAGACGCUUCACCAGGCGAAUGCCCGGCUGGCCAAGCGAGGUGGCAGAACCAUGGCCAUCACGCCCCGCCACUACCUGGACUUCAUAAACCACUAUGCCAACCUGUUUCACGAGAAGCGCAGCGAGCUGGAAGAGCAGCAGAUGCACCUGAACGUGGGACUCAGGAAGAUCAAGGAGACCGUCGACCAGGUGGAAGAGCUGCGUCGUGACCUGAGGAUAAAGAGCCAAGAGCUAGAGGUCAAAAAUGCGGCCGCCAAUGACAAGCUGAAGAAGAUGGUGAAAGACCAGCAAGAGGCUGAGAAAAAAAAGGUCAUGAGCCAAGAAAUUCAGGAGCAGCUGCAUAAGCAGCAGGAAGUCAUUGCAGACAAGCAGAUGAGUGUGAAAGAGGACCUCGACAAGGUGGAGCCAGCCGUCAUCGAGGCCCAGAAUGCCGUCAAGUCCAUUAAGAAGCAGCACCUGGUGGAGGUGCGCUCCAUGGCCAACCCCCCUGCCGCUGUGAAGCUGGCGCUCGAGUCCAUCUGCCUGCUGCUGGGGGAGAGCACGGCGGACUGGAAGCAGAUCCGCUCCAUCAUCAUGCGGGAGAACUUCAUCCCCACCAUCGUGAACUUCUCUGCUGAGGAGAUCAGUGAUGCCAUCCGGGAGAAGAUGAAGAAAAACUACAUGUCCAACCCCAGUUAUAACUACGAAAUUGUCAAUCGGGCUUCCCUGGCCUGCGGCCCUAUGGUUAAAUGGGCAAUCGCACAGCUCAACUACGCGGACAUGCUGAAGCGGGUGGAGCCCCUGCGCAACGAGCUGCAGAAGCUGGAGGAUGACGCCAAGGACAACCAGCAGAAGGCCAACGAGGUGGAGCAGAUGAUCCGCGACCUGGAGGCCAGCAUCGCUCGCUACAAAGAGGAGUACGCAGUGCUGAUCUCCGAGGCCCAGGCCAUCAAAGCGGACCUGGCUGCUGUUGAAGCAAAAGUGAACAGGAGCACCGCCCUUCUGAAGAGCCUGUCUGCGGAACGGGAGCGGUGGGAGAAAACAAGUGAGACUUUCAAAAACCAGAUGUCCACCAUCGCCGGGGACUGCCUCUUGUCGGCCGCGUUCAUCGCUUACGCGGGCUACUUUGACCAGCAGAUGCGCCAGAACUUGUUCACUACCUGGUCCCAUCACCUGCAGCAGGCCAACAUCCAGUUCCGCACAGACAUUGCCAGGACGGAGUACCUGUCCAAUGCCGACGAGCGCCUGCGGUGGCAAGCCAGCUCCCUGCCCGCAGACGACCUGUGCACGGAGAACGCCAUCAUGCUGAAGCGGUUCAACAGGUACCCACUCAUCAUCGACCCCUCCGGGCAGGCCACCGAGUUCAUCAUGAAUGAGUACAAGGACCGCAAGAUCACGCGCACCAGCUUUCUGGACGAUGCCUUCCGGAAGAACCUGGAGAGCGCCCUGCGCUUCGGGAACCCCCUCCUGGUCCAGGAUGUGGAGAGCUACGACCCGGUCUUGAACCCGGUGCUGAACCGCGAGGUCCGGCGCACAGGGGGCCGGGUGCUUAUCACCCUCGGGGACCAGGACAUAGACUUGUCACCGUCGUUUGUCAUCUUCCUGUCCACCCGGGACCCAACGGUUGAGUUCCCACCGGACCUCUGUUCCCGGGUCACUUUUGUCAACUUCACGGUCACCCGUAGCAGCUUACAGAGCCAGUGCCUGAAUGAGGUGCUCAAAGCAGAAAGGCCCGAUGUGGACGAGAAACGCUCUGAUCUUCUCAAGCUCCAAGGGGAGUUCCAGCUCCGGCUGCGCCAGCUGGAAAAAUCUCUGCUGCAAGCCCUGAACGAGGUGAAGGGACGCAUCCUAGAUGACGACACCAUCAUCACUACGCUGGAGAACCUCAAGAGAGAGGCGGCCGAGGUGACGCGCAAGGUGGAGGAGACCGACAUCGUGAUGCAGGAGGUGGAAACCGUGUCCCAGCAGUACCUGCCACUCUCCACCGCCUGCAGUAGCAUCUACUUCACCAUGGAGUCUCUGAAGCAGAUCCACUUCCUGUACCAGUACUCCCUCCAGUUCUUCCUGGACAUCUACCACAAUGUCCUAUACGAGAACCCAAACCUGAAGGGCGUCACCGACCACACACAGCGACUCUGCAUCAUCACGAAGGACCUCUUCCAGGUGGCAUUCAACCGGGUGGCGCGAGGCAUGCUACACCAGGACCACAUCACCUUUGCCAUGCUGCUCGCCAGGAUCAAGCUCAAGGGCACGGUCGGCGAGCCCACCUACGAUGCUGAAUUCCAGCACUUCUUGAGGGGGAAGGAAAUCGUCUUGACUGCUGGCUCGACCCCCAAGGUCCAGGGCCUGACCGUUGAGCAGGCUGAAGCAGUGGUGAGGCUGAGCUGUCUCCCUGCGUUUAAGGAUCUGAUCGCAAAGGUUCAGGCAGACGACCAAUUUGGCAUCUGGCUGGACAGCAGCUCCCCAGAGCAGACGGUGCCCUACCUGUGGAGCGAGGACACCCCUGCCACACCCAUCGGACAAGCCAUUCACCGCCUGCUCCUGAUUCAGGCCUUCCGGCCCGACCGCCUGCUAGCCAUGGCCCACAUGUUUGUUUCAACGAACCUCGGGGAGUCCUUCAUGUCCAUCAUGGAGCAGCCACUGGACCUGACCCACAUCGUGGACACAGAGGUAAAGCCAAACACACCUGUGUUGAUGUGUUCUGUGCCUGGUUAUGACGCCAGCGGGCACGUGGAAGACCUGGCAGCGGAGCAGAACACUCAGAUCACCUCGAUUGCCAUCGGCUCGGCAGAAGGCUUCAACCAAGCAGAUAAGGCCAUCAAUACCGCUGUGAAGUCCGGCAGGUGGGUGAUGCUGAAGAACGUGCACCUGGCCCCGGGGUGGCUGAUGCAGCUGGAAAAGAAGCUGCACUCCCUGCAGCCGCAUGCCUGCUUCAGACUCUUCCUCACAAUGGAGAUUAACCCCAAGGUGCCCGUGAACUUGCUCCGCGCAGGCCGCAUUUUCGUGUUCGAGCCGCCCCCUGGGGUGAAGGCCAACAUGCUGAGGACCUUCAGCAGCAUCCCCGUCUCACGCAUCUGCAAGUCUCCCAACGAACGCGCCCGCUUGUACUUCCUGCUGGCCUGGUUCCACGCCAUCAUCCAGGAGCGUCUGCGUUACGCACCCCUGGGGUGGUCCAAGAAGUACGAGUUUGGGGAGUCUGACCUGCGGUCGGCCUGCGACACAGUGGACACCUGGCUGGACGACACAGCGAAGGGAAGGCAGAACAUCUCUCCAGACAAGAUCCCCUGGUCAGCCCUAAAGACGCUGAUGGCCCAGUCUAUCUACGGUGGCCGUGUGGACAACGAGUUCGACCAGCGCCUGCUCAGCACCUUCCUGGAGCGCCUCUUCACCACCAAGAGCUUCGACAGCGAGUUCAAGCUGGCCUGCAAGGUGGACGGGCACAAAGACAUCCAGAUGCCGGAUGGCAUCAGGCGAGAAGAGUUCGUGCAGUGGGUGGAGCUGCUCCCUGACACCCAGACGCCCUCCUGGCUGGGCCUGCCCAACAAUGCCGAGCGAGUCCUCCUCACCACCCAGGGCGUGGACAUGAUCAGUAAGAUGCUGAAGAUGCAGAUGCUGGAGGACGAGGACGACCUGGCCUACGCCGAGACAGAGAAGAAGGCCCGGACGGACUCCACAUCCGACGGCCGCCCCACCUGGAUGAGGACGCUGCACACCACCGCCUCCAACUGGCUGCACCUCAUCCCCCAGACGCUCAGCCACCUCAAGCGGACGGUGGAGAACAUCAAGGACCCUCUAUUCAGAUUCUUCGAGAGGGAAGUGAAGAUGGGUGCUAAGCUCCUGCAGGAUGUGCGCCAGGACCUCGCGGACGUCGUGCAAGUGUGUGAGGGGAAGAAGAAACAGACCAACUACCUGCGCACGCUCAUCAACGAGCUGGUGAAAGGCAUCUUGCCUCGAAGCUGGUCCCACUACACGGUGCCCGCUGGCAUGACCGUCAUCCAGUGGGUGGCCGACUUCAGUGAGAGGAUCAAGCAGCUACAGAACAUCUCACAGGCGGCAGCGUCAGGCGGCGCCAAGGAACUGAAGAACAUCCACGUGUGCCUGGGGGGCCUGUUUGUGCCUGAGGCCUACAUCACAGCCACGAGGCAGUACGUGGCCCAGGCCAACAGCUGGUCCCUGGAGGAGCUCUGCCUGGAGGUCAAUGUUACCACCUCCCAGAACACCACCCUCGACGCCUGCAGCUUCGGAGUCACAGGUCUGAAGCUGCAGGGGGCCACGUGCACCAACAACAAGCUGUCGCUCUCCAACGCCAUCUCCACCGUCCUCCCGCUGACGCAGCUGCGCUGGGUCAAGCAGACUAACGCUGAGAAAAAGGCGAACGUGGUGACCCUGCCUGUGUACCUGAACUUCACCCGGGCCGACCUCAUCUUCACGGUCGACUUCGAAAUCGCCACCAAGGAAGACCCACGCAGCUUCUACGAACGUGGCGUGGCCGUCCUCUGCACCGAGUGAGCUGGCCCGGCCAUGUCUGACGCGUGGUCACAGUGCACCAGAUGGCAUGGCCGGUCUGAGGCGGGAGGGAACGAGGGAAGCCCGAGGGUGGGCAGCGCGGCCCAGCUGACACGGGAAUAAAACACUACGCACAAGCCGGCUCUGCUCGUCUGUUCCAGA